UUAAUUACUUUAAAUAUUUUUAAAAAAUUGAAGAAUGAAACAAAUAAUUAAAUAGUUACAAAAUUAUACUCACAAUAUUCGACGUAUUAAAUAAUAAAAAUUUGUACUUACAAUGUUCGAUUCAUCUUCAUUCGAAUCAGACGUUCUAUUAUAACACGGCUCUACUUUAGGUACACAUACAGUGUCAAGACAUGGCAUUAACAUAGGUAACUUAACUGCUUCAUCUUUAUUAUAAUUAUUACAUUGUUGAUCUGCAGAUCCAUUCCCUGACAUUUUAAUUGAAGAUGCGGAAGACAAAGACCUAAAUGCAAGUUCUAAAUCAGUAUAUCUAAAGAUGGUAAUUUGCAAAUGAGUGAACUUGUGUGGACAUUUUGUUUUCUCCUCCACUAUUUUGACGCUCGUGUUUGCUUUCACUUCGUUAACAGUCUCUUACACGACUAAAUCAGCUUUACUGACAACCACUCGGUUUUUUACAUUAUUUAACCAAAUGUAUCUUUUUUAAAUACACUUAAUACUGAAUACUAUAUUUGUCCUAUUAUUUCUAAAUAGAAUGAACAAUUUAUUUGAUUGCUGUUACUUCAAUAUAAUUAAUAAAAUCUUAAAUAAAUAAUAUUUUUACUAUUUGAAAAUUCUAAAUGCAGCUAUAAGAAUAAUUAAAAAUGUUUAAAAAUAUUAAUUUUAAAGACACAAAUCUUUUAUCGAAUGUAUAUAUUAAAUAUCUAUUGUUUUUGUAUAUAACAAGGUUCCGCAACAACUUAUCUUAGUUAGUUUACUUAUUAAAAUAAAAAUUGCAAUAUUCUUUUUUUUAACUAUAAUUUAUGGUCAAUUAUGAAAUUUGUAUAAAUCAGUUUCACAUGAAUAUGUUUUGAGGUUAGUUUUAUAAGAGGAUUUUUGUAAAUAUAUUUUUUCAAGAAAUUAAAAAUAUACUACAGAUUAUAAUCACAUGUUUACGUUGUAAAAAUAACAGGGAUAAAUUCCGUUCUAGAAUUUUUUAAGUUUUAAUUUCCAUUAAUAUAAAAUAUUAUUAUUAUACUAGAAACCAAUAUAUUUUUUUAUGAUAACCUAGGUGUACAACUUUCCAUUAAUUUUACUUUAACAUUUGCUAAUCUUUUCAUGUUUUAUAGUUUCCAAACAUUCAUAUUAUUAACUGUAAUACAAAUUAAGCUAACAAUAUGAUUUAAUCUUAAAAUGAUAUUAAUCACUAGUAAUUACUACUAGUACUCACUGGUAGUAAAUACAUAACCAACAAACCCGGGAUAUUUUGUAGCUACUGUCAUUAUGAUGAACUAACAUUUGAAAGAACCUUUUUUCAUAUAAUAUUCUACUUUGAAUGGAAGUAAUAAGUUUGAAACAAUAUAAAUAGUUAAAUAUAUAUUGUAUAUCUUUUCGAAAUGAAGGACUUACAUAUUCCUAUAUAAAAAUUAGCAAUUCCGCAAAUUGUAAUUUGACUUUAGUGAAUGGUUGUGAAACAAUUUGUUAAAUAUGUAUAUAAAUCUUUACAAAAUUGAUAAAAUAUUAAUUUAAUUUAUUAAGUACUAGAUUACAUGGUAUCCACAAUUUGUCAAAAAUCAUCUUUGGUAGCAUACAAAAUUUGUCAUAAAUCCAAAUAUUGUAUGAAGUUUUUCAAAAAUACUUUUAUAUCGUUGUUAAAGACAACAAACAUAGCUGAUAUGAGAGCAUAAAAUCACAACUAAAAUGAUUUUCGUUUAUGCAAUCCUUUGAACAUAUUCCCUUUCAAAUUUAUGGGAUAACAAGACUCUUCAACUAUGUAAACAUUGUAAGAUUGAAUAACACUUGGAUAUAGAUAUAUGUUAUUACAUAUAUAGUAUAAAAUAUAUCGAUAAUGUUAAAUAAAUUAAUAACUAAUAUCAUUUAAUGUUACACACUUUUCUCGUGUUUCUUCGUGAGAUACUCAGAAUAGGUUACAUUUGAUAUCAACAAGCAUCUUGCAGAGAAGAGUUCUAACCUAUUAAUGGCGUAAAUGAUUUUGUUGAAAAACAUACGUUUUCCCAGAUCAAAGCAUUUAGACUUUUCAUUAUAAAUUGCUUUUAUAUAAAUUAUAUACUUACGUUGAUUAUGUUCGUAAAAUCAGCAAUCGUACUGCAAUCCAAGAUGUUUGACAUACACUCUUGGGUAUGCUGACAUUUCAGGAAUAUAUGCACAAUAACAAGCUUUCAGGGUACAACAAUAUAUUUACUUGAAUAAACCUCACUUGGAGACUUGCCUACAGUCAAAUUAAAGCUUUUAAUUUUCAGUAAUGUGGAUUUCGAUGAGAAAUAUCUGAACGUGUCGCAUUGGACGAACUGAUUCCAACAUGUGGCCCAAGUUAGUAAUUCGCCUACUCCAAGUCACCUCGAUGCAGUGUCUGAUAAUGAGCCUGUUAGGCUGGAAGCUUUGUUGAAUAAUGCGGAGAAUGAUAAAAUUAUAACUUAUUUAAUUAAAUAUUUAUGAACGAUUUCAAAAUCACUGAAAUUUAAUUUUUAUUUUGGCGAUGAAGAUACUCUUGGGUCGUUUAACAAACCUUUGCUACUAUCUGAAAAUCACAUUAAAACUAGUCAGUCUAUAAUUUUGUUUUUAUUCGAAUAAAAUAUUAUUAUACAGUAACAUUAACCUUAGCUAUGAAGCAAAACAAAAGAACGAAGUAAUCAUUCCGUUAUAACAUGAUAAACGACGUUUGUGACCUACACACAUUUAUAAUAGCGACUUAUCAGUUUCCACAUAGUUAAAAACUACAUGAUUGUAUAACAAUCCCCGUGUUGUUAUGUAUAAGGAUUCGGUCUUUCGUAAAGAUUAGGUCGAGAUCAAUAUAUUUGUACGACAUGUGUAUACAUCUGGAACACGCAUAGUACAGAAAACAGCUGUUAUGAUGAUAAUGUGUAUUUCAACUGAAGCAUUACUGUAAUAAAUGGAAAAAGACAAACCGACUAACCUUUUUUUAUUCAAUCUAUCGACUUAUACUUAGCAUAUUAAUGAUCAAUAGACUUUCUAUUUAUUUCUAAUCUAAUAUGCGGAUAGCAAGCCGAAUGGUGCAAUAAAUUUUUGUCUAGAUAUGAACCUUGGAGAGUGGACAUUUUUAAUAUUUUGUACAAAUAACGAAGCUUAGACCCAUCCGGACUCUUAUGCGUCCAUUAUUCUAGACAUAUUUUGAAAGUGUACUUCAAAGAAACACUCCAAUUUCUUUUUAAAUUUAAUACAAAAAAUUGCAAAGUCAAAUUAAUCUUCAUAGGUUGAAAAAUCGAAUAAAGCUUUAAACAAUCUAAGUCAAAAUGGACAUUAUCUCAAAGUUAACCUUCUAAGUUUAAGUAGACGUUUCUGAUCAUUGUAAUGGACAAUAUAUAUAAAGAAGAAUGUUUCCACGCAGAUCAGUCCUACAGUGAAAAAAUGCAAUUCCACAUUGUCCUUUUGGUACUCGUUAGUUUCCAACAAUCGACGUUAGGAGCUUAUAAUAGAGAUAUUGGUUUACAAAGAAACCUUCGAAGUGGCAACUUCUUCUCUGAAAUAGGAAAUUGGUUUGGUCAUCUAAAGGAUCAAUUUUACGGGACAUUGUUUGGGCAACAAACAACUACAGAGAUUCCAACUGUUUUGCAAACAGAUGUGUUAGACCUGGACGAGCGUCAAUUAAGAAAAAGAUUACGAAAUCGAGAAUGGCUACGUGUGAAUUUGUCUACCGUAACAUUUGAUCCUAAACGAGAUUGGGGUUUCCAAGUUGGCGAUUGGUAUUUCAUUCGAAAAAACAUUAGACAGUACAAUGAAUUUGAAAAUGAAGGUUCAUACGAGUCGAACUUUCAUGUUCGAGGUACGAUGCAACCUCCUGUACAUUUAAGUACAAUUGAAACUAUAGGGACCUCGGAUUACUCGAUUAACAUAGAAAAUACGGAUUCUUCAUCAGCCGCAACGCUUAGUACGAUGUUCACGGCAGAUACUAUGACGCAGCAAGCAGACGCAUACAUAACAACGCAAAGUAGCACGCAGAUCGAUUCAUCCGUGAAUCCACCUUCAAUAAACAAACGGAUAGAAGAUAACGAAACUAAUGACAAUUCAAUUCGUAAAGGAUCCGUGGAAGUCCUAAUGGAAUAAUAAUGCAUUUCAACAAAUAAUUACAUUCAUGUGAUUUCUUGAACCUUGUAUAUUUAUUAAAAUUUCUGCAUUUCUUAAAAACAUGUGUGAUUCUUUUUUAUUAAAAUAAACUAUUUUGCAUUCUUAGAGUACAUAUAUUCACAAAUGUAUGGCUUUUUUGUGUAACAGCAUGAGGAGUGAAAAGAAAUAUACAGCAUUACAUCUUUUUUAUCAGGAAGAGUACACGUUUAUUCCGUAAAACUUAUCAUAAUCAUUAUUCUUUAGCAAUAUAUUAUUAUAAUAAUUUUUACGUCGAUGUUAGACAAAUCGUGGUCUUCAUGAUAUCUUGUGGUUUUACUGUAAUAGAAAAAAAAGAAAAAAACUGUCAGUAAAAUAAUUCAUCCUUGAUACUUAUCACUUUCGCAAUCACAUGCACAAAUAUAUUUAAUGACUACUACAUACAUAAAGCAAAAAAAAAGAAAAAAAUAUAUAAUACAGGUGGAAAGAAGUUUCAUUAGUUAAGGAUUUAAUUCAAUGUUGAUAAAUUAUUUUUAUCCACUUUUCAGUUUGUGGAGUUUUAUGUAAUCUAUUUGAAUACUUAUUAAUUGGAAUACCCUACAUUAACACAGUUAAUGAUGAAAAAAAUGAUAAUACUGGGAUCAACACAUUGUGC